GCCAGAGCCCAGCUCAGCAGAGCCGUCUGCUCCAAGACAGAACCUGCACCAUGGUUAUGACCUUGGGGUACUGGGACCUUCGGGGGCUGGCUCACGCCAUCCGCCUGCUCCUGGAAUACACGGACACCAAGUACGAGGAGAAGAAGUACGGGAUGGGCGACGCUCCCGACUAUGACAGAAGCCAGUGGCUGAAUGAGAAAUUCAAGCUGGGCCUCGACUUCCCCAACCUGCCCUACUUAAUUGAUGGGCCUCACAAGAUCACCCAGAGCAACGCCAUCCUUCGAUACUUGGCUCGCAAGCACAACCUGUGUGGGGAGACGGAAGAGGAGAAGAUUCGUGUGGAUGUUGUGGAGAACCAGACUAUGGACACACGCAUGCAAAUGGCCCGGGUGUGCUACAGCCCUGACUUUGAGAAGCUGAAACCGGAGUACGUAGAAGGGCUUCCUGAGAAGAUGAAGCAGUACUCGCAGUGUCUGGGCAAGAGGCCCUGGUUUGCAGGGGAGAAGCUCACCUACGUGGAUUUUCUGGCCUAUGAUGUUCUUGACCAGAACCGCCUGUUUGUACCCACCUGUCUGGAUCCCUUCCAGAACCUAAAGGACUUCAUGACCCGUUUUGAGGGCCUGAAGAGGAUCUCUGCCUACAUGAAGUCCAGCCGCUACCGCCCCAGCCCCGUGUAUGCCAAGAUGGCGCUAUGGGGCAACAAGUAGGCGCCGCGAGGAAGGAGGCAGAGGGGGCAGAUCUGUUACUUCUGUGUGGAGGCUUGUGGAAUCCAGGGUCUCCUGCACCCCAGAGUCACCCCGUUGUGAUUUCUCCUCCUUUCCCCUCUCCCUGACUGGCUUCAUGGUUCCUUCCAGCUGGAGCCCCUGCCUCUGCUCCAUGUGGGGAGGGGGCCUGUGUCCUAGCUGCCCUAGAGACCAGGGCGGCUUCCUGUGGGGGUGCCCCGCCCUGCUGCUCCCCAGUAAA